GGAGGAGGAAGCCAUUUCCGUUUCCGUACGGACGCCAAGGAGCCAACACCAUGGAGAAGACCGGCGGCAGCCGAAAGAAAGGCCUGAAGCGCAAGAGCGCUGCCGAAGAACCUCAGGAGGCUGCAGUCGGUGAGGAUGGGGCGACGGAAAGCGGGGGCCAAGCCCCGAAAGCGUCUGCCUUCCCUCCAGGCUUCAGCAUUUCCGAGAUUAAGAACAAACAGCGGCGACACUUAAUGUUCACGCGGUGGAAGCAGCAGCAGCGGAAGGAAAAGUUGGCAGCUAAGAAAAAACUUAAAAAAGAGAGAGAGGCUCUUGGUGAUAAGGCUCCACCAAAGCCUAUACCCAAGACCAUUGACAACCAGCGUGUAUAUGAUGAAACCACAGUAGACCCUAAUGAUGAAGAGGUUGCUUAUGAUGAAGCUACAGAUGAAUUUGCUUCUUAUUUCAACAGACAAACUUCUCCCAAGAUUCUCAUUACAACAUCAGAUAGACCUCAUGGGAGAACAGUACGACUCUGUGAACAGCUUUCCACAGUUAUACCAAACUCACAUGUUUAUUACAGAAGAGGACUGGCUCUGAAAAGAAUUAUUCCACAGUGCAUCUCAAGAGAUUUCACAGAUCUGAUCGUUAUUAAUGAAGAUCGUAAAACACCAAAUGGAUUAAUUCUGAGUCACUUGCCAAAUGGACCAACUGCUCAUUUUAAAAUGAGCAGUGUUCGCCUGCGUAAAGAAAUUAAGAGAAGAGGCAAGGACCCCACAGAACACGUACCUGAAAUAAUUCUGAAUAAUUUUACAACACGGCUGGGUCAUUCUGUUGGACGAAUGUUUGCAUCUCUCUUUCCCCAUAAUCCUCAGUUUAUUGGAAGGCAGGUUGCCACAUUCCACAAUCAACGGGAUUAUAUUUUCUUCAGAUUUCACAGAUACAUAUUCAAGAGUGAAAAGAAAGUGGGAAUUCAGGAACUUGGACCACGUUUUACCUUGAAAUUAAGAUCUCUUCAGAAAGGAACCUUUGAUUCUAAAUAUGGUGAAUAUGAAUGGGUCCAUAAGCCCCGGGAAAUGGAUACAAGUAGAAGAAAAUUCCACUUAUAAAAUACUGAAGGAAUAGUACUGGAUUUUGCGGAACGGGCCUAUCUUGAAUUUGUAACAGAAGACUCUUCAAAAUGGCAUUUACUGAUUUCAUAUACCUUAUUUUGUGUCUGGACAAAUUACCAAGUGCCAUGAAUUACCACUCACUGUUUCUGUAGGAAAUACAAAUAAAAGUAUUUUGGUGAGAGUUUAGGUUGCAAUUUAGAUUUCCUAAAAUUUUUUAUUUUUAGUAACUGAAUAAUUUAAGUUGGAAUCAAGACUCAAUCUAACUUUCCCAUAUGCACUCUUUUAAUCUUUA